AUGGCACCGUCCCGCUAUCUCUUGACGGGCACCCUGCCGCUUCCGACGGGUGAGGUGCGGCCCGGCACGGAGAUCGAAGAUAGUGACGUGUGGACGCUGACAGGUUCCAGCUUCAUCUACAUCUCCUUAAUCAUCGGGAUCCAGUUCUGGAAGCCCCAGACCGACUUCGGCAAGAUGGUGCAGCGGCGCGGCUUGACCGCAUGUGUACGCAGAGAGACCCCCGUUCGUGAAUGA